UAGAAGCUGCAGUCUUUUAUCUUCGAUCGGAUCCCCGCUACAACAUCUCGCACCUAAUCCGCUUGCGCCGAACUCUACCUCAAUUCGUGCCAUUGGUCUAAAUCCAGCGCGAAAAUCUAGUUCAGAAAUAGUUCGCUGGGGGCGCUUGCUUGCUUGUUUUCUGGGGCAUUGUGAAGUUUGCAAGGUUUGGUUUAGGGGAACAUGUCGGGGGCGACGUUGGCGACGGGACCACGGAUUCCGAAGCACGAUGCCGAGACGCGAGGGGAGAAGUAUGAUCGGCGGGCGGGUGAUACCGCCGGGCUGGGCGGGAUUAUGGGUUCGUUGCGCGUGAUUGAGCUGCAGCUCGUCGCGUUCAUCAUCGUUUUCUCGGCGUCUGGGCUGGUGCCCAUCGUGGACCUCGUCUUCCCGGUUUUUUUGACGAUUUAUGCCUUCUUGUUGAAUAGCCUGGUAUUUCCCAAUUACGGCAACCCGGAGUCGUUGCAGGUGUUCCGGGGCAACCGAUUGUUUCAGGUGUACGUGAUUCUAGGGACUGUGAUAGGGCUGUUCCUGCCCUUGGCGUAUGUUUUGGGUGGGUUUGCACGCAAUGACCAGGAUGCGGUCCGUGCCGCUACCCCACACUUGUUCCUGCUCUCGUUUCAGGUGCUGAGCGAGAAUCUCAUCUCUGGGUUGAACAUCUUCUCGGUGCCGGUUCGCGCUCUGUUGCCCAUUCUCUACAGCAUACGCCGAUUGUUUUCGCUGAAUGGGUGGGUCAUUUCUACCUGGUUCACCACCAACAUCACCAACGACGUCCGCAUCCAGGACGAGUACUGGAUUUGGUUUGGUCGUGUUCUGUCGGCAGCCAAUGCUAUCUACUACACCAUCAACACAUUCGGAUUCCUGAUACCUAUGUUCUUGCCGCGAGCCUUUGAGAGCUACUUCCAGGACAGAGCAGAGUACAAGCAGGAGCACCCUAAGCAGGAGAAGACCAGUGCUGGAAUCCAUCUUCCAUCGAAGCUACCAGUUCCAUCGCUUCUGAGGAAGGACAACCCCGUUGAGGAGGACAAGAAGAAGUGAUUUUCCCCGACAAUUAAUGUCGCUACUCAUGUUUCUUGUUUGUUAGUAUAUAAAUGAUGUAGAGCAAUUUGAGCGGAUGAGAGUAGUAACAAAUCGAGAAUUUAAAGUCUAUACUGUAAAUACUCGACAUGGGUUUAGCAAGGUGACUGAAUAUACAUCUGGAAAUAUUAGCACGGUUGACCGUAAAUAUGAGUUUCACUAGCUAGCGUCCUGUUGUGCAUUCACUAUACCUUAUACAAUACCACUUGAACAGUGGGAUUUCACAUCUUCA